AUGUUUUGUGCGAACUGUGGUAAAUCACGCGUGUCCAACGCAAAAUAUUGUCAUAACUGUGGAAGCAAAGUGAGUGAAAGUAAUGCCAAAGAAGUAAGUACACCAAAGGAAAAUGGCGAAAGCAGCGGGGGAGACGCCAAAGUAACAGAAACAACUUCCGGGCGGAUGUCCUUUGCUCAAUUUCGAGCACACGAGGAAGAAGAUCGAGCAAAACAUUUCACCAAAAAGAAUGGGAAAAGGUUUAAGUUAGACAUCAAAGGUAAAGCAUCCUCAAAAGUGUUAACAUGUAAAAUUCAAAUUGGAAUUAUGACAAACAAGGACGGAGAUCUACGGGUUAAGAGGGGCGAUAGCGCGACUUUACCUCUGUCAGUGGCUGCAAAUAUGACGAUCUGUUGACAAAAGCAGCAGAAAAACACCAUCGUUUUAAUAAAGACGUGAUUAAGAAUGAAGAAAAGAAAUUCUAUUGUCUUCUUUACGCGGACAAGACCAAAGCAGAGUCGCUGCCUGGCUCUGAUGAGCCGUUCCCGUUACAAAGAUACAAGGAAGAAAUCGGAAAACCAUAUUCGAAGAUUGUUUUAUUAUUCAGGAAUAUUAUUCAGCACGUUUGA